UUUUCCCUCACCCCCUGCGUACAUCAUCCCUCCCUCCUAUCCUGCUGGAGGACCACUGCGUGUCCUCUUCCCUUCGUCUCUCUUUCUCUGACACACACUACGCGGACCUAUCUCCACACUCCCGACCAACCAGCAUGAACGCACGGGUUGCUGCCUCUCUGCUCGCCGGACUUGUGGUCCUCCUUCACGGAUUGACGGCAUGGGCGCUGGUGGAGGUGAACAUGGAGGACAGGGUGGAGGUCUACAGAGGAGACACAGCUCAGAUCGUCAGCAUGUUCAGCUCGGACGACGGCAUCGGGGGCGUCUCCAUCCAGUGGUUCUUUGUGUCGAGGCUAGGUGAGAAGCAGAAGAUCUAUUAUGAGGACGCCACCAUGAAGGUAGUGGACCGAGGCACACCGUUCACAGACCGCAUCAUCGUCAACGUCACCGCAGCCACAGGCGAAGUGGUGUUGACCAUCACGGACGUGCAAGUGAGAGACCAGCUGGAGUUCAUCUGCCUCAUCAAGAGCCUGACUGACGGGGUCGGCGAGGGACGUACCAAGCUCUUAGUGUUUGAAAAACCAGACUCCCCAACUAUAGAAGGCUUCCAGACGGGGAUCUCCAUUUACGAUGACUUAUCCAAGAUUGGCAUAUGCGAGGUGAAAAAUGGCUUUCCCAAGCCAAACAUCACGUGGUACCGAAACAACGCUCCACUAAGAGGAGCCGAUGAUGUGAUGAAAGUGGUGCCCAGCAUCACCACUGAGUCCAGCGGUCUGUUCUCGGUGAGGAGCGAGCUGAGCAUGAAGGUGACCAAGGAGGACAAAGAUGCUCACUUCUACUGCGAGGUCACCUACCUUGUCCCAGGAGGGACCAGAAUGACCGAGACCAACACCAUUAACAUCACCGUCUACUACCCGUCCACUGCUGUCCAAAUGUGGGUGGAGUCACCAAAGGGCAAAAUUAAGGAGGGAGACUCCAUUGAGUUGCGUUGCCAAGGCGACGGGAAUACGCCUUCUUCAAUUUUCACCAUCAGGCACCGAGGAGAGGAAUACACGCUGGAAUCUAACACGUAUGUGUUGGCAAACGUGACGCGUCUCAACAGUGGCGACUACAAGUGUGUCUCUUUGGACACAGACACGUACAACGAGCUCUCGGAGACGACCAGCAUCUUUGUUGACUACCUAGACCCUGCCGUGGUGGAGCCCGCGGGCCCCGUGGAGAUAGAUCAAGGGGAGGAAUUGGCGGCCACCUGCAAUGCCUUGUCUUCCCUGCAGACACACACGGCCUGGUUCAAGGACGGACAACACGUGUCAAUGGGCAACCACUUGAUAAUGAAGGAUGCCACCUUUGAUAAAGCAGGGACAUAUCAAUGCGUGGUAACUGUUCCAGAAGUCGAUGGCUUGGAAACUAUGGCGACGCUCGGCGUUAACGUGAACGGCCCACCAGAGAUCGUACCACCAGAACGCACUGAUAUCGAAGAGAGUUUGGACAGUACGGUGGACCUGACCUGCCAUGUCAGAGGUUUCCCUGCUCCCACCAUUGUUUGGACUACCCUUGAUGGAAAGGUCUUGGAGACCACGUCCGAAGUAGAGCUGGAGGACGGCAUUACCAGCGUGGCGAGCGUGGCGGUGACAUCCGAUCUCACGGCCUUCUGCAACGCCUCCAACCAGUAUGGCGCUGACGCUGUCGCCUUCAAAAUCAAAGCCAUCGUAAACACCACAACAGCAGCCACCACCGUACGCACAAGCACUAUUUCCUCUAGCACAGUCCAAACAGCAACAGCUAUCCCACCAAAGAGAAUCAGGAAAGAGGGCAGCGGUGUCAUCAUUGCAGUCGUCAUCAUCUGCAUCCUGCUGCUGGCCAUCUUGGGCAGCGGGCUCUACUUCCUCUACAAAAAAGGAAAGAUCUGCGGACGCUCCGGCAAGCAAGACCUCACCAAAGACAAAUCGGGCAAAGACAACAUUGUUGUUGAAAUGAAGAGCGACAACACAGAGGACGCCAUCCUCCUCGGGGUCAACGGCGACAAGCAGCCUCCCAACAACCAGUAAGAAAUGGUGACAAGGAGCCAACCACAAGUCGGAGUCCCGCCCAAAGCUCCUCCAAGCCAAAGAAAAAGCCCCAAAAUUGGACUUUGUUUAAAAAAAAAAGAAAAGUUAGACGCUGUAUGUUGCUGUACAUGAAUAUUUUUUUAAAUAGCCGAACAAUCACUGUAGAGCAAGGUGAACAAGCUCUUCUCCUAGUGUACAUACAAACAACACCCCCGUGUAUAUAUUUCUCUAUUUAAAGUGUCGACACUUGAUUUGUGAAGAGCAAAUACAAUUCAAGGUAGUUUUUACUUAAAGUCUGUACACUGAAAUCCAUGUGUAUAUGUUAUAUUUCAUUAUUUCUAGUCUUUUAGCCAAAUUUAUGGCUUGUUUAACGCAACCAGCUUUCCCCCCAUGCAGCUAGUACUAGCACACUCGGCUAACAUUAGCACGCUGGCUAAGCUAACACUAGCUCACUGGCAUUUUCACCCCCUUAAAGGAUAUAUUUUUGGCGGACAAAACGAUGAUAUUGUUGCUCUUUAGUUUAAUAAUACAUGUGUGCGUUGGAGCGUUGCCAAUAUUAUACCCACCUCAGAGGUUCUGGAGUAAAUAUGAGAAAGUUUUCUUGACCCAUGUUAGCCUUGUGGUGUGUUCACUGUCUGCACUGAAUUGUCCAUUGUGAAACUUUAUUGUGUGCCGUGACUGCAGUAAGCGAGGCUUAUGUUGAAAAGAUACUAUAAGUUUUACUAGGUUUAUAUUUUUCAUGAAUAUACUUUUGGCAAGUCAAAGUGAUGCUGCAUCUUCCCACGAGCCCUUACAGCAUGUUGACAAACACAAACAGCGUGUAUCAGUUGGGUUCAGAGCCAUAUUGGAAGGGGAUUAACAGUCAAAUGUUGUGAGAAUAAAGUUGUAAUGUUACUAAA